GCCGAGUGUGUGCAGGGCACGGGGCUCUCCAGCCUCUGGGGCUCCAACGCAGCUCUGUGGCUGAACCGGCGCUCACCACGGAGGACCGCCGGGCUAUGGAAUACAGAUGUGACAGCGCAGGUAGCCCCACGUUGCCUGGAGGAAUACAUCAUGCUUUCAGAUAAGAAGAAACUGUAGAAGCCAGUUUGGUUCAAAUUUUUUUUUUCAUCACCGCCCCCCCCAAAAAAAAAGCCAAAAACACUCAGCUGUAAAGAUGCAAAAACGUAACAUCCAUGAAGAUCCUAUUACCUAGGAAGAUUCUGAUGUUUUGCUGUGAAUGCGGUGUUGGGAUUUAUUUGUUCUUGGAGUGUUCUGCGUGGCUGGCAAAGAAUAAUGUUCCAAAAUCGGUCCAUCUCCCAAGGGGUCCAAUUUUUCUUCCUGGGUGUCAGCGAGCCCUGACUCACCACAGCACAGCUGACAGGGGCUGUUAUGACAGAGGCCCCCUAAGCCAGAGCAAAGAACGUAAGGACGACCUUUGAACAAUACAAAGGAUGGGUUUCAAUGUCAUUAGGCUACUGAGCGGAUCAGCUGUAGCACUGGUUAUAGCCCCCACUGUCUUACUGACCAUGCUUUCUUCUGCUGAACGAGGAUGCCCUAGGGGCUGUAGGUGUGAAGGCAAGAUGGUCUACUGUGAAUCUCAGAAAUUACAGGAGAUACCGUCAAGUAUAUCUGCUGGCUGCUUGGGCUUAUCCCUUCGCUAUAACAGCCUCCAGAAACUUAAGUACAAUCAGUUCAAAGGGCUCAACCAGCUCACCUGGCUGUACCUCGACCAUAACCAUAUCAGCAAUAUUGACGAGAAUGCUUUCAAUGGAAUACGCAGACUCAAAGAGUUGAUUCUGAGUUCCAACAGAAUCUCCUAUUUCCUUAACAACACCUUCCGGCCGGUGACAAAUUUAAGGAACUUGGACCUGUCCUACAAUCAGCUGCAUUCCCUGGGGUCGGAACAGUUUCGGGGCUUGAGGAAACUGUUAAGUUUACACCUGAGGUCCAACUCCCUGAGGACCAUCCCGGUGCGAAUUUUCCAGGACUGCCGGAACCUGGAACUUUUGGACCUGGGAUAUAACAGGAUCCGAAGUUUGGCCAGAAAUGUCUUUGCUGGUAUGAUCAGACUCAAAGAACUUCACCUGGAGCACAAUCAGUUUUCCAAGCUCAACCUGGCCCUCUUUCCCAGGCUGGUGAGCCUACAAAACCUCUACUUGCAGUGGAAUAAAAUCAGUGUCAUAGGACAGACCAUGUCUUGGACAUGGAGCUCCUUACAAAGGCUUGAUUUAUCAGGCAAUGAGAUCGAAGCUUUCAGUGGGCCCAGCGUCUUCCAGUGUGUCCCCAAUCUGCAGCGCCUCAACCUGGAUUCCAACAAACUCACAUUUAUUGGUCAAGAGAUUUUGGAUUCUUGGAUAUCCCUCAAUGACAUCAGCCUUGCCGGGAAUAUCUGGGAAUGCAGCAGAAACAUUUGUUCCCUGGUAAACUGGCUGAAAAGUUUCAAAGGGCUGAGGGAGAACACCAUCAUCUGCGCCAGUCCCAAAGAACUGCAAGGGGUCAACGUGAUCGAUGCUGUGAAGAACUACAGCAUCUGUGGCAAAAGUACCACGGAGAGGUUCGAUGUGGCCAGGGCGCUCCCCAAGCCCACGUUCAAGCCUAAGCUCCCCAGGCCCAAGCACGAGAGCAAACCCCCCGUGCCCCCCACGGUGGGGGCCACGGAGCCCGCGCCAGAGCCCGAUGCAGAUGCAGACUCGGAGCACAUUUCUUUCCAUAAAAUCAUCGCGGGCAGCGUGGCCCUGUUCCUGUCUGUGCUCGUCAUCCUGCUGGUCAUCUACGUGUCAUGGAAGCGGUACCCUGCCAGCAUGAAGCAGCUGCAGGAGCGCUCCCUCAUGCGCAAGCACAGGCGAAAGAAAAGACAGUCCCUCAAGCAAAUGACUCCCAGCACCCAGGAGUUUUAUGUCGAUUACAAACCCACCAACACAGAGACCAGCGAGAUGCUGCUGAAUGGGACGGGACCCUGCACCUAUAACAAAUCAGGCUCCAGAGAAUGCGAGGUAUGAACCCUUGUAGUAAAAGCGCUCUUAAAACCUGGGAAAUAAGUGGUGCUUUAUUGAACUCUGGUGACUACAUGUAAAGGGAACGUGGCGGCCCCCCUUCCCGCUUCCCUCUGCCCUCCCUCUGCUGGCUGGGUCUUCCCCUGUCAGUUUUAGCACAUUCAUAAUACCGGUCAUUUUCCUCUCAUACAUAAUCACCCCAUUGAAAUUGAAACACCACAAUCAAUGUGAUGCUUGAACUCGGGUUUAAUAGAAUGCCUAUUGUAUAAGACCCUUAACUGAUUCCGUUAAUGUCACACUUGUUUUAAGAGAAAACUUCUUUCAU